AUGUUGGAUAUUUUAUGGGUUGUACCAGAAGAUAUUCGCAAAUAUUAUUUGCAGGGUGAAUUGCGUAUUGAUAGAUUAGAAGCUGAAGUAUAUUUAAAGUGGUCAGCAAAUAUUGGUUUCAUAAAUCGAAUAAAAAUUGUGCUUGAAAAUGGAUUUUCAUGCAAUGCAUCUGCAUGUUUACUUACUGCAUUCUCUGAUAUUUUUCGAAAACUUAUUUCAUCACAAGCAAUUCAAGAAACACUUCCAUCCGGUAAAGAAAUCACAGUUCAAAAAAUGGUAUGCCAAAUAUUACGAACGCGGUUUCUAUAA